AUGGAACAAUCAGACAACUUAUUCGAUCAAGAUUCUGAAUUAAUUAUUAAAGAUUAUCACCGUAAAAUUCAAGAAGAAGAAGUUGGAUUUACGCGAGAUCUUAAUGAAUUAAUAAAGAGUCAUGAAGAAAAGAUAAAAGAUCUGAUUCGUGAACGAAAUUGGAAAUUAUCGAAUUUAUAUAAACAGACUUCAAUAAUUAAUUCUAAGCAAGUGGAGUUAUCUUUUAAAAUUGAAAAUGAUGAGACACCAGAGAACAAAAAAACAUCUGCAGAUGAAAAUGAUAAAUCACCAGAGACCAAAACAGAAAUAUCCCUUAUAGAUUUAGAAAAAAGUUUAGAAGUCAUGUGUAUUAAUAAGAUUAAUAAGACACCUAUUUCUGUUCAAUCUAUAUCUCCACUUUCAAUUUCGUAUGACGAUCUUGAUCCUGAUGCUUAUGAUUGCGACGGAAUAUUGACGUAUUCUCCAUCAGUUGGUACCAAAACAGUUUCGAAUGUUCUAACGGAUUUCGCGAUAAUUGAUGAUGACGCCACAUCAAUUUCUCAGACAGACCCUACGAUAUACAACGUCCUUCCACCACGAAUAGAACAAAUUAGUAACGAUAAAAAAAUGCCAAAUUAUCAACGAAUGUCAAUUCCUGAAUUGAAG